AACCGUGCUACAAAUAAAAGAGGAACGUGUUAUCCUGGAUCGUCGAGAAAAGAACAGUCUCAAGAGGGGUGUUUUUCUAUAGCCAGGGAAAAGGUCGACCGUUGUCCGGAUUCUAUACAAUGUACCGGCGCCCCACCCCCGUCGACUGUUUAUCCUUUAAAUCUAACCCCUUACGACGUAUUGGAGGGUAGCACGCGUACUAUGUACGAGUAUUAUCAUCGCUGUCAUUGCUUGCCAGUAAUAUUCCACUUAUACUAAGCAGUUUAAACCAUUUGUUACUGCACACAUUACCUUUCAUGGUAUCUAUGACUUAGUACAUAAGUUGAUAUCAACAAAUUCAACAUGUAUGCGUUAAAAAUGCAAACUGCCUGCCAAAGUGAAGCCAGCGUGGAGCCUGAUGAUCCAAGUACUCAUCAUCAGGAACCUGCUAGACCUCCAGUGCAGGAUUGUAGUUCAUUUGACAUUGUUAGAGCAACACAGUUUGGGGCAUUGGAUCGUGUCACAGAAUUAGUGGAAGCUGGUGCUGAUGUAAAUCAACCAGAUUCAGAAACUGUAACACUAUUACAUUGGGCUGCAAUAAACAAUAGAAAGGAUAUUGUGAAAUAUCUUAUAGCAAAGGGAGCUGUUGUAGAUGCAAUUGGUGGAGAACUUGCUUCUACACCAUUACAUUGGGCUACAAGACAAGGCCACUUGGCUACAGUUGUGUUAUUGAUGAGAGCGGGUGCAGAUCCAACUCUCAGAGAUUCAGAGGGAUUCUCUUGUAUUCAUUUAGCAGCACAAUUUGGUCAUACCUCUAUUGUUGCUUACUUAGUCGCGAAAGGAGUAAAUCCAAAUAUGCCAGACAGAACUGCCAUGACACCUCUCAUGUGGAGUGCCUAUAAAGUUAAUAGUUUAGAUCCAACACGCUUGUUGCUGACCUUGGGAGCGUCCCAUUCGCUCGCGGAUAAUUUACACGGCAACACAGCUUUGCAUUGGGCUAUUAUUGCUGAAAACAGUACAGCAAUAUUCACGUUAGUUAACCACGGCGCAUCGCUAGAUGUGCCGAAUAUGCGAGACGAGACAGCGAUGACCUUGUUAGGUCGUCACAUUGGAGCCGCCUGGUUGGGACACAAAAUCAAUCAGGAAAUCAAAGAAAAACAGGGCAGAUCAAGAACGUGGUGUAGAGAUAAAAGAAUGCGUUGGUACUGUAUGGUCAGUACGCCAUUUAUAGUUUUUUAUGCAAUCGGAAUGAUUUUCCAUAGCGGAUUGGAAUAUCUAGAAAAAAUUGGUGCCUUUAUUAUACUUUAUAUGGCAUUGUAUUUAACAAAUCAUUUCGUGUUUGACGAACGAUUGUGUCAUAUUUUACCGAUGUCAAUUUAUCUGGCUACGAAGAUGUGGAUAUAUGUUACAUGGAUAUUCUGGUUAGGCUUACACGCUGCAUGGUAUUUGUGGUUAUUACUGGUAGGAGGAUCGGUACCAUUGUGGAUAUGUUUCUUACAAUCCUGGAGGGGCGAUCCAGGUGUAAUUACAGCUACGCACGAGGACAAGUUGAAUACGAUUAUAGAAUUAGCAGAAUCCGGAGGCUUCGAGCCGCAAUCAUUUUGCAGCAGUUGCUUGGUCAGAAGACCUUUGAGGUCCAAACACUGUUCUACGUGCGACCGCUGCGUAGCGCGAUUCGAUCAUCACUGUCCUUGGGUCAAUAAUUGCAUCGGUGCGCAUAACCACAAGUACUUUCUGGUAUUUUUAGUGUCGUUGUUAGGGCUCUGUAUUGUUAUUUUAUCCGCUAGUGUACAGUAUUGGCAGUUUGAAUGUUGGACAAACUUAACAAAUGGGCACACCGCUGACAAUUAUCUGGUCGCUGCAGCUACUUGCGACGCUUGGGUAAUGUGGAUCACGGCGAACACAUCUCUGCAUUUCUUUUGGGUUGGUAUGCUACUCGCAUGUCAGUGUUAUCAGAUCAUGGUUCUCGGCAUGACAACAAAUGAACGCAUGAAUGCUGGACGCUACGCACAUUUCAAGCAAGGGAACCCCUUCCAUCGCGGUGCCCUUCAGAAUAUAGCCGAUUUUUGCAAUGUGAGCUUCUGUGGAGUGAAGGCAAAACCCAGCUCAGACUGGUUACACAGUUUCGACCAUAAACAAAGCAUCGAGAAGUUGCCCUUACUCGCUACAAAAGACAACUUCCAAUAUAUAUAGGAUUUUUCUUAAUGGUCGAAGAACUAGCAUGAAAGACGCGUAAUCAGCCGUCAGAAGCUAACAGUGGUGUCAUAUCAUUUAUGCCUGAAGCACUUCCGGACUACCAAAGAGUUACUAAUGAGAUUUGGAAGUGACUUUUCUGGAAGAGUAGUGAUUUUGCAUAUACAGAUUUAAAUUGCAGGUAAUAUUGUAAGUAAUUUCCUACAGUCAGUGAUUAACGAAUUUUAAAAUUCAUCUAUUAUAAAGACUGUUCUACGACGUAAGUAUGCAUAUCCCCCACCAUUUUGCGUAUUGUAUCUUUCAAGCAUCGAACGGUAGAACAAGUUGCACAAGUACUUGGAUUUCAUUUUUACGAAACAUUUUAAAGUAUCCCUUUUCUUUUUACCUGUGCAUUCAAAGAUACAAACUUACUCGAUACAAACUAAACGUUAACACAAUCAAUGAAAUAUAGUUUCCAUUAUAUUACAUUGUAAAUACAUAAAUUUUUAUGUAAUCAUAACGUAAUCAUUAAAUAUGAAUACGUUACAGCUUGAUGGCAAGUCUUUUCUUCUUUUUCUUUUUUUUUUUUUUAAAGUUUUUGAACACUUUAUUCUAAACUAAAAUCCGACAGGUUCGACUUAUAAAUAAUUUACACGCGAAAAGUACAAUUUUAAUCGUAUCGAGAAAUAAUAAUAACUUUGUAAGAAAGAGCCAUGACAGUCAGUUCUGCGAGAUCGUUGUAUAAUGUAUUUUUAUCGGUAUUAUUUAUUACAAUUAUUUGUACUUUGUAACUUUUAAGAGCUAUAGAAAAUACACAACAGAAACAUAUGAACAGCAAUAUUGUAACAGUUUUUGCUAACGCGUUACAAGAUUAUCAUAUUUAAUAAAAUAUAAAAAAAAACACAGGAACACGAAAUGUAAACGAAACGUCGAGAAAAUUGUCAAUAAAAAGUAUUGACGUAUAUAUGUCUAAGGACACGUGAUCAUUGAUGGAAGAAUAAAAAUCAAACGCUGCAUUAUACGGUUAUGAUGAAAAAUUAUAUUGCAUAAUACUGUUGGCUAUGUAAUACGUUUUUUCGUACUUACGAGUAAGUUUACCUGACUUAAGUGCCAUGCUUGUACACCUCGAAAGACAUUCACGUGACACGUACAACUUAACACUCUACCCUUAUAAGAUUUGAUUAACGUUAAUUGUUAUAUCUAAUUCAUUAUUACAUUGCGUAAACAAAAAACAUUUUAAUAAUAGCAAUAUAAAAUAUUUACAGCAUAUAGUGUAUAUAAAUUGUUUACAAUGUCUGUUUCAAUGGAUGUCGCACUUUAAUAAUAUCGUAAAAUUUUCGAGGAACUAUCGUAUUAAUUGCAUGUAGCGUUAAAGAAAAGACAGGAAGUUAAAAAAAAGAGAUUCAGAAAAUUUUUCGAAUCUUUUGUACCAUAAAUUACAAAAGUAACGAUAGAUGUAUAGCGAGUAAUUAAAGUGAGUCAAACAUUGUUUUACAUUCCAAAAAUGUACUUCGAUCUAUAAUUGUUAGUUUUUCUUCUUUCAUCUUUAAUGUUAACACGUUGUUAAGCAUGUACGCUCCUUGAAGGCUCUUGUUAAUGCUGCUGCGAGCUGCUGCGCGUCAAUUUCACUUCUUAGCGAAGUGAUUAAAUCAAAGCGAUUUUCCUUCAAAAUUGAGUUUAUAAUUGAAAGUCAAAAAUUUAAUUUGAGCUGAAAGUCUAUUAAAAGACACUUCCGUCUACGAUUACGCUGUUAAUUAUUAGCACUGAAGACUUGAGCGGAAGGAGCGCAUAUAUUUUUAACAUCGUAUUUCAAAUAGGUGCCUAAAUGUCUGAUUAUUAUCUUAUAAGAAUUUACAAGAAGCAUUAUUACGAAUCGAUCAAGAGUACGAGUGUAUUUUAUGUUUAAGGUCUUAUUGCAAAUAAGUUUCAAAACUCAAUUACGUCUUCAGUAGUGUCUACAAAACGGUACAUCGUGUAAUUAUUCACUUGAUCGGAAUUGAGAAUUAUCUUUUUCGGUAACAACCGAAUAUAACAAUUAUAUUUCACAUUUUAUCGAUGGUACUACAUAAUUUCGCCAUUCUCAGGCUGUUUUUAACUUGUGAGACAAGUUAGAUCUUCUGCGAGUUCUGUCCGUCACUGAAUAAACACGAGUUUUCAAUUUUAAACGCCUGUACAGAAUGUCAAAGUGGUGUUUGUACAAAACGUACACGUAGGUUUAAUAAUGGAGUCAGAUGGAUAUUAAAAAACGAAUACUCCAACGUCAGAAUUACCUACAAGAAACGUGUAUAAAUAUUAUAAAUACGAAAUAUAAGUUAAGUAUAAUUACACUGUACUAGACUACUCGUUGAACAAAUGCGUUUGUUAAAUAUUUUGUCUUCUUUCGAAAGAGUGGUGUACUGUUUAGUAUUUAUACUUGAAUUUUGUUCUAGUCCGAUGGAUAUUAAGGUAACUUGAUAUUUAGAUUUUUUUAAGUCAUACGAGCGAUGGAAUGCACCCCCCACUAUUUAUAAUAAGUAGCUUUCUCAUUUUGUAGACGUGACAAAGAAAAAGGAUUUCGUAACGAUCGAAAAUGAACCAUUAACGAAUAAAGAAAAAGAAAUUCGAGUUGUAUUUAUAAUAUUUUGAGAAACAUAUACGCAACAAGUGGAUAAAUACAGAACAGAGGAAACUUUUAUAUAAUUGAUAUUUUUCAAUAUUUCAUUUGUAUACCGCAAACGAUUUGCUUUAAAGAGUAUAAGAAAACCAAGAAUUGAUUACCCACUAAGGUCGCGAAGAUAUAAGGAAACAAAGGAUUUAGCAAGAAUCAAGCACUCGGAUAUUUAGAUGAUAGUUGAAGUUUCUGAAAAGAAAGUAAUUAUAGUUGUAAAACAUUUUUGUGACUUGUUACAAAUUUGAGAAUUAUAAAGCUUUUCCGAAGCGUUAUGUCGCGUUAGAUCAAUUUACAGCUAUUGUAUUGAAUCAUAUUAGGGUAAUUAUACCAUUCUACUUCCAAUUGAAUCAAUGUAAAUAAUAAUCUCUUUUACUUCUAACAACGUUCUAAGGAUUAAAAAUGUCCCGAAGAACGAAAUGUCGAAGGCAUACGAAAUUUUGGUAAAUAAUUAAAAAAUUAAGUAAAAAUGACUAUGUGUUAUAAAAUAAACAGAAAAAUAAAAAUCGUUUA